AUGGCAGAGUACUAUGAGGGAGCCGCGGUCUGCAUCGCUCUCUUGAAGGAGGCCGAAAUCUCAGAAACUUGCUUCGGGAGAGGCAAGAGAGAUAUACCGCACGAUAUGGACAUGUGGCAAGCUACUUUACAAGCGGUGGACCAGAGUGUGUGGAAGUCACGCGUGUGGACGUACCAAGAGGCAGCCCUUUCGAAGAAUCUGCUGCUCGUGGGGAAAGACGGCGUCAUAAGCCAGCAAGAAUACAGUCUCUUGUUGAUGUUGAUGGUGAGACGUCCAGAGGCUAUCGCAGGCAGAGUGGCAGUGUCCCGAAACAAGAACGGGCGUAUUCUUUCUGUCGGUGAUGGAGAGGCUCGGGCAAGAGUGGGUAACCACCCGUUCAGCAGUGCCGCUAGAGCCAUGGAAAGGUACGGUGAAGGGAAGGCGUCGCUGGUAGAAUUCUGGAAGGAUAUGGGGGCUAGGAAAUGUGCUGUGGAGGAAGAUCUGGUAUACGGUGUCCUGGGAAUGCUACAGCCAGGAGAGGCAGUUGCCGUGGAGUAUGGCAUAGGCUUUGAGGAGGCCGCCACAAGGGUGUUCAAGACGACCUCUGUGUUGGCAUCCAUCAUGGCCAUGCCUCCCAGCCAAAAGCCGGGCGCCUGCUGGCUCCCGAAGGCUCAGAGAGGAGAUGACGGCCAGUGGACGCUGGGAGACACAGCCAGCACGACCAGACCGCUCGGUGAGCACUCAAGGGUGGAUGAUAGUGGAUUGCUGAGGGUUAGAGCCGUGGAGUGCCGAGUCCGGAGAGAAGAGGAUGGACGGUGGAAGAUGAAACUGGAGACGAGCGUGACAAUAUUUGGGGUGGAGAUUGCUUCUGCCGGGAUAGAGAACAAGCAAACGUGGAACCAGGCGCUGUUGAUCAACGGGCACCUGCAUGGGGCAGGAGAUACAUUAGUUAUCACCGGUGAGGUCCAGGAGAGAGACGUUUUUCACCGCACUGGCUUCAUCACUUUCAGAGAAACACUCCCUGAUCGUCUCAAACCCACAGAAAGAACUCUCACAAACUGGCUGGUCGGUUUGAGGGCUUAG